UGUAAAAGUAAAAAAAUAUUGCCAAACAAAUUAAAAAAAAUUUAGAGUUGACGAAGAAGACUCGACUAAUUAUAUCGAAAAAAAAUCAUAAAGACACUAACAAACCUUUUUGUGGUCAUUUCAUUUCUGGGUUUUUCUUUAUGAAGCUGCUUAUUACAUUCCUCUUCAUUUCCCAGAACGAACCAAGCAGAAGAUAACUUUUCAGUAUUCACUUGUAAUCAAGCAGUAAAAAAGUGAUGAUUUCAUACUGUUAGAGGGAACACUACUUAUCUUUUGGGAUCCUACUGGUGGUGAAGUUGGCUGUAACAACCUCGAAUUUUGAGUUAAUUGGGGAAGCUCAAGUGCUUAUAAUAUUUGGACAUCAUAGUACAUUGAAAUAUUAUUUGACGGUUGUUACUGCUUGAGGUGUAAAAAUAAUGGAUGUAAUAAUGGGGAUAUUGCCAACGGUUAUUGAGUUCGCGAAACCAUAUGUGUUUGUGGACUCGAGUCACGACAAGCUGAAAGUCUUGCUGCAAGAACUGGGGUACAGAGUUGAAGACAUGGAUGAGCAAGCAAGAAAAGAAGAGGCAAAUCCUGGGAAGAAGCGCAAGAGGGUGGUGGAGGCCUACUUAAAGGAUACCACAGAGUACAUAAGUUUAGCACAGUCGUUGUUGGCCAGAAGCCAUGGGAGGCAGUGGAGAAUUAAGCGAAUGAGAUAUGUCCCGUGUAUUGAGCGAUACCACAGGGAAGGGCGGGAUCUUCUGAACAAGGGGAGAAGUUUGGUGGAUCAAGGCCUGACUUGCAAUGAGGUUGUAAGGCGUGGGGUGAAACUAAUUGUUGAAGAAGACCAGUACAUGGGCGAGACAUUUCGUGGGCACGCAGCAUCUGCUCUAACAGCCAUGAGAGAAGGGGGGUUUUGGUGCAUUGGUAUUUACGGCUAUGCAGGGGCAGGUAAGACUAAUCUAAUGAAGCACCUUUACAAUGAAAUCUACGACAAUCAGUAUUUCAAGGCGGUGUUUUGGGCUAAAGCUCCAGAUCCUGAUUCUAAUGGUAACUAUAACAAGGCCGUGCAGACCUGUGUGGCACAAGGAAUGUGGGUUGAUUUAGGAAAUGGUGCUGCUCGCGAUGAGGCUAGAGAUGCAGGUAAGAUAAUGGCAACAUUGGAAAGACUUGGGGAGAUAGAAGGCCCGGGUCCUAUAGUUUACUUCUUAGACAAUGUGAAAAGGGAGUUCUUAGCUUAUGAACUUCUAGGAAUACCAGCUAAAGGAAACUGCAUUCUGGUAUUUAGUACACUGUCCAAGGAUGUAUGUAACAGAAUGAAGUGUGACCUUAACCUCAAGAUGGAACUCCUGGGCGAGAAAGAAGCCCAGGAGUUGUUCUUGCAUGAAGUUGGAUGCAGUGAUACGGGCAAUAGUCGAGUGCUGUCAAAUCACGAUAAGGAAAUCCAUCGAAUUGCUGUCGAAGUGGCAAAUCAGUGUGCAAGAAUGCCGUUGGCUAUUAUAAUCAUAGCGCGGUCUAUGACCAAGAUUGAUAACCUUCCUGAAUGGAGAAACCGAGUCAAUGAGCUCAUGGGUACUAUUGCUACCAUCCACGGCGAUGAGAAUAAGAUAGUUGAGCAGCUCAAAUUUGGGUACGAUUGCUUGAAAGAAGAGAUUGUAAAGCAAUGCUUUCUGGCUGCCGCUACUUUGUUGAUAGAUGAUCGUCAGGCUUCCAAGGCGGAAAUCAUAGACCAGUGGAAAAUGGAAAUGCUAAUUGGCGUGGACCGACCAGCUGAGUACGUUGAUGAUCAGGGUCAUGUUAUAUUGAACCAGCUUGAAAGGUUGUGUUUGCUUCAAGUAGUGCCUGAUGACCGUCAAACAGUCACCAUGAACAAGUGGAUUUGUAAAAUGGCGACAUCAGUACUAAGCUGAUGGUUGAAACUCAAGAUCGGUUUAUGUAAUCAAUCAGUGUUGUUUGUUGAUUAGUUGUACCGUUUUACUUAUCUCCCAUUGUUGCAACUUGCAAGUAUUCACUACCUAAUUUGAUUACUAACGAGAACCUUAUUAUCCUUGAUUAUGUAAUAUAUAUUAUUAAUGCAAGUAGCGCCUGAUGACCAUCAAACAGUCACCAUGAACAAGUGGAUUUGGAAAAUGGCCACUAAAGUUUCCCGAA